GGGCGGGGCCGCGGCGUCGCUGGGUGUGUGGGCGCAGAUGGCGGCGGCGCACGGCGCCUGAGCCGGCCGGGGCCAUGAGCGCCGCCCGGCCCCAGUUCAGCAUUGAUGAUGCCUUCGAGCUGUCCCUGGAGGACGGGGGCCCUGGGCCCGAGUCCAGCGGGAUCGCGCGCUUUGGGCCGCUGCACUUCGAGCGUCGGGCCCGGUUCGAGGUGGCUGACGAGGACAAGCAGUCCCGGCUGCGCUACCAGAACCUGGAGAAUGAUGAGGAUGGAGCCCAGGCCUCUCCGGAGCCGGAUGGGGGAGUCGGCACCAGGGAUUCCGGCCGAACUUCCAUCCGCAGCUCCCAGUGGUCCUUUAGCACCAUCAGCAGCAGCACCCAGCGCUCCUACAACACCUGCUGCAGCUGGACCCAACACCCUUUGAUCCAGAAGAACCGCCGAGUGGUGCUGGCCUCCUUCCUGCUCCUGCUGCUGGGGCUGGUGCUGAUCCUGGUCGGCGUGGGACUGGAGGCGACCCCCUCUCCAGGUGUCUCCAGCGCCAUCUUCUUCGUGCCGGGCUUCCUGUUGUUGGUGCCUGGAGUCUAUCACGUGAUCUUCAUCUACUGCGCGGUCAAGGGCCACCGGGGCUUCCAGUUCUUCUACCUGCCCUACUUCGAGAAGUGACCGCGGCGCAGCGUGGACCCCUUGCGUCCAUGGGGGCGCCCCUCGCGCCCUGUUCCGUUCCCCUCAUCUCAAGGGAAGAGGCCCUCCAGGACACUCGAAACCCCAGCCCCUAGGGAGUUUGCUCAGGAAGUUCGGGGCAUGCAGGCCUGGCCCUGGGAAAGCUGGCCCUGGGAAAGCCGCCCCUCGCCUGCUCUGUGCCUUAACUUAUUCUCGGGCCGUGUGGCUGCUAGGUUGCUGUUAUUUUGUGCUAAUAAAAGAGUAAUUAAUUCCA